GGAGCCCGCGCGGCGUUUGGGCGGGACCAGAGCUGAUGACGCAGGCGGGCCGUAUGAGCUCCAGUCUCUGCCUCUGAGUGCACUCAUACACGCACCCACCCGCGAUCAUGUCCGCCGAAUACGACCACAGUGAAAAUGGCCCCGAUGGCAUGGAGCCAGAUGGAGUCAUUGAGGGAAACUGGUCCGAGGUUGUGGACAACUUUGAUGAGAUGAAUCUGCAUGAGAAACUGUUGAGAGGAAUCUACGCUUAUGGUUUUGAGAAGCCCUCUGCCAUCCAGCAGAGAGCCAUCCGGCCGUGUAUUCAAGGCUCUGAUGUGAUCGCUCAGGCCCAGUCUGGAACUGGAAAGACAGCCACUUUCGCCAUCUCUAUCCUGCAGAAGCUGGACUUGAGUUUAAAGGCCACACAAGCUCUGGUGCUGGCCCCCACCAGAGAGCUGGCUCAGCAGAUCCGCAAAGUAGUGGACGCCUUGGGGGAUUACUUAGGUGCCACAUGCUACGCUUGUAUCGGAGGAACCAAUGUUCGACAAGAGUCCCAGAGGCUGACAGAAGACGUGCCUCACAUAGUGGUGGGCACCCCUGGGCGAGUGUUCGACAUGUUGAGCCGCCGUAUUCUGUUAUCCAAGUCCAUAAAAAUGUUUGUUCUGGAUGAAGCUGACGAGAUGCUCAGUCGUGGGUUCAAGGACCAAAUUUACGAUAUUUUUCAGAAGCUGCCUUCAAGCACACAAGUGGUCCUGCUCUCCGCCACCAUGCCCGCCGACGUCCUGGAGGUCACCAAGAAGUUCAUGCGCGACCCCAUCCGCAUCUUGGUCAAGAAGGAGGAGCUGACCCUGGAGGGCAUCCGGCAAUUCUACAUCAAUGUGGAGAAGGAGGAGUGGAAGCUGGAGACUCUGUGUGACCUGUACGAGACCCUGACCAUCACACAGGCUGUCAUCUUCCUGAACACGCGCCGGAAAGUGGACUGGCUCACCGAGAAGAUGAGCUCCAGGGACUUCACUGUGUCUGCUCUGCAUGGGGACAUGGAGCAAAAGGAGAGGGAGAUCAUCAUGAAGGAGUUCCGCUCGGGAAGCAGCAGAGUGCUCAUCACCACUGACAUUCUGGCCCGAGGCAUUGACGUGCAGCAGGUGUCUCUGGUCAUCAACUAUGACCUGCCCACCAACCGAGAGAACUACAUCCACAGGAUCGGGCGUGGAGGACGUUUUGGCCGAAAGGGCGUGGCCAUCAACAUGGUAACAGAGGACGACAAGCGCACCCUGAGGGACAUCGAGACCUUCUACAACACCACCGUCGAGGAGAUGCCCAACAACGUGGCUGACCUCAUCUAAAGAGGGCACCUACAGAGCACCCGCCCAGAGCACCCAGAGCCUGUGGACCCUGACCAUGGCCCCGGGGUGCCAGCGCUCCUCUGGGCUCUCAUAGAACAGAUAAACCUGGUCUUCUGCCUGCCAUGUUCUUGUGUAGAAUCUGAAUCAUUAGUAAAGACUCUCUGGCCAACACAACGCAGUGUUUCCUGUUCAUACAGACUAUGGUGGCCCCUCGCGGUCAAAAAAGCAAACUACAUUAAAUUCAGCAGGAGAUGCUUUUAGCUUUUAUAUUAUAAACAUAAAAUAGCAAAAAAAAUUAAAAUAAAUGAAUAAAUAAUUGCCCGAAGAUUAACUGUAAGAACUGAACUGAAACGACCUUAAUCAUGUGAGCAGCAGCGCCACAGUCUGGCUGAGCAGGGCAGUGCACACUGUGGCGUCGCUCCUCUGCUCCUCUCACCACCUCAUAAGUGGAUGUAGUGACAGGAGUAGUCAGCGGGGGGCGCCAGUGUGUCCCUCUAAAGUUCCAUUAAAGGGUGUGGGUUAAUCUUUUUUUUGUUUUUUUUGUUUUUGUUUUAUUCUUUUCUGAUGUCACUUUUCUCAGCUACCUCACCACACUGCUGGGAGGAGUUUUGUAACACGGACCAAAUGGACCUCUCGACGAUGGUUUGACAGUGUAAAAUUCUAUCUAAGCAUUGAGCGGUGUGGGGCUUCGACACUUACUGUUGGAGAGUGCUAUUUUUAAGUGACUUUAUGAACUUGUUAAACUUUGGGACAGAAGCGGUGUAACAGAUUUUCUACAUUGGAUUCUGUAUAGUAUUUAUUUAAUGGUCUUUAAUAAAAAUAAAGGUUGCUCCUUUA